GCGGGGCCUGGCGGCUCCCGGCGUGCCCCGCGCUUGGUGCAGUGUCAUGAAGCAGGAGGCCCCGUCCCGCCGCCGAGACAAGGCCAAGGCCCCCCCCGAGGGGCCCCCGCCCGCGCCCCCCGACGUGGAGAUGCAGGAGGAGGCGGCGGCCGCAGACACGGGCGGGGAGCGGCAGCCGCAGCGGGAGCUCGAUGCCGUCACGUUGGAGGACAUCAAGGAGCACGUGAAGCAGCUGGAAAAGGCUGUGUCGGGCAAGGAGCCGCGCUACGUCCUGCGGGCUCUGCGGGCCCUGCCCUCCACCUCCCGCCGCCUCAACUCCAACGUGCUCCACAAAGCCAUCCAUGGGUUCUUCACCUCCAACAGCGCCGUGCGGGAUUUCCUCCUCGGCUUCCUGGAGGAGUCCAUGGACACGGAAGCUGAGCUGCAGUUUCGCCCGCGCACGGGGAAGGCGGCCUCAGCCCCGCUCUUGCCAGAAGUGGAGACUUACCUGCAGCUGCUCCUGGUCAUCUACCUGAUGAACAGCAAGCGGUACCCAGAGGCUCAGAAGGUAUCUGACGACCUGAUGCAAAAGAUCAGCUCCCAGAACCGCCGGGCCCUUGACCUGGUGGUGGCAAAAUGUUACUACUACCACUCCCGCAUCUAUGAGUUCCUGAACAAACUCGACGUGGUCAGGAGCUUCCUGCACGCCCGGCUCCGGACGGCCACGCUGCGGCACGAUGCCGACGGCCAGGCCACCAUCCUGAACCUGCUGCUGAGGAACUAUCUCCAUUACAACCUCUACGACCAGGCCGAGAAGCUCGUCUCCAAGUCCGUGUUUCCUGAGCAGGCCAACAACAACGAGUGGGCUCGGUACCUCUAUUACACGGGGCGCAUCAAGGCCAUCCAGCUGGAGUACUCGGAGGCGCGGAGGACCAUGACGAACGCCCUGCGGAAGGCCCCGCAGCACACGGCCGUCGGCUUCAAGCAGACAGUGCACAAGCUGCUCAUCGUGGUGGAACUGCUGCUGGGGGAGAUCCCAGACAGGCUCCAGUUCAGACAGCCCUCCCUCAAGCGCUCGCUCAUGCCCUACUUCCUCCUGACUCAGGCUGUCAGGACUGGGAACCUGGCCAAGUUCAACCAAGUCCUUGAUCAGUUUGGGGACAAGUUCCAGGCCGAUGGCACCUACACCCUGAUCAUUCGUCUGAGGCACAACGUCAUCAAGACGGGUGUCCGGAUGAUCAGCUUGUCCUACUCUCGCAUCUCCCUGGCUGACAUCGCCCAGAAGCUGCAGCUGGACAGUCCAGAGGAUGCAGAGUUCAUUGUUGCCAAGGCCAUCCGGGACGGCGUGAUCGAGGCCAGCAUUAACCACGAGAAGGGCUACGUCCAGUCCAAGGAGAUGAUCGACAUCUACUCCACGCGGGAGCCCCAGUUGGCUUUUCACCAGCGCAUCUCUUUCUGCCUCGACAUCCACAACAUGUCCGUCAAGGCCAUGAGGUUCCCACCCAAAUCCUACAACAAAGACUUGGAAUCUGCAGAGGAGCGCCGGGAGCGCGAGCAGCAGGACCUGGAGUUCGCAAAGGAGAUGGCAGAGGACGACGAUGACGGCUUCCCCUGAGCCUCUGGCCUGCCUCUACUUUUUUAGCUGUCCCUAGGGCAGAUGCUGCCUGAGCGGCGCUUCCCCCGCACGGCCCCGGCCCCUUUCUUUUAUAGAUACCUGCAUGUCUGUCCGGUGGGAGGGGGACACUGGGGGGGGGGGGGAAAUCCCUGGCCAUGCAGCCUCUUCCCACCCCCUGCUCCCCGCAGCGGGAUCCCCCUUCCCCAAUCACCCAGCAUUCUUUUAAGGUCUCCUGUGGUCACGGGGGUUGCACAGAGGAGCCCCUGCCCUUGGGGCCUCCCUGGGCCGCAGAGCCGGGGCGGGUGCGGGGAGCGCGGCACCGCGGGUGCCCCCGGCUCUCGCAGCGAUGAUGGGGUCAAACUUUGUUAAGCUUCAAUUAUGACUUUUAAAAUAAAAGUGGGAAAAACA